UUGUUCUAGAACGGCAGCUGGCCAAGUGGGUAGGCAGAAAGCGUCGUCUGUGGCACGGAGGACCAUGCCAUCGUACGCGAUAAACCAGUUUCUGGAUGUGGACGAUGUUUUGUGCAAGCAACUUUUGAGUCUAGAUGUCAGGGAGCCUCCCAAGGGUUCUCAGAUGCCUGUUGAUGGACAUAAAAAGUCUGGACCGCUCUGCAUGGUGUCAUCGUCCGGGCCAGUUGCGGAAGCUAGAUCAGGGACUUGUAAUAUCUGGACACAUCAUAAAGAAUCAUCACUAUCGUCAAGGUCGACCAGGGUGAUGUCCUGGCCAGAGCGAGCCUUCAGCAUGGUUGAGGGGGACAUGAGGGUCCUGGGGUGGAUGUCCACUGACCUAGUCCACGAGAAGCCUGUGGCAGUGUCCAGCACGAACUCCCUUCCCAGCUCCACCGCGGCUCCCUCAUCCCGCUACAAGACCGAACUGUGCCGCACCUUUACUGAAAGGGGCGUGUGUAAGUACGGCAGCAAGUGCCAGUUUGCCCACGGGCCCGAGGAGCUCCGGGGCAUUAACCGCCACCCCAAGUACAAGACGGAGCCCUGUCGCACCUUCCACUCCAUCGGCUUCUGCCCCUACGGCAUUCGCUGUCACUUUGUGCACAACAACGAGGAUGACGCGCGCCAAGCUCUGCUGCGCCCCUCGCUCCCCGCUGUCCGGCCGCCCCUCCUUAAACAGAGUUUCAGUUUUGCUGGCUUCCCGUCCACUCUCCGGCCACCGGAGCCCCCCCCGCUGCAUUCGCCAUUCCUCUGUGUGCCCUCGUUCUCGCCCCCCGUCUCUGCUGCUGUCGUGUCAGACCUCCUCACCCUGGCCUUCCCCGAACUGGGCCAUGAGAGCGACGUGGACCAGGCUGGAGAUGCUGAAGAAGUUCUGUCCGAGUUCCUGCCAUCGCCCGAUUCUGGCUGCUCCCUUGGCGAGCUCACUCCGUCGCAGACGGCACCCGGCCUGCCAGAGGGGUGUCCAAGGCAGAGCCCGCUGAGCAGCGCCUGUCUGGGACCCAGAAGUCAGUCUCUGGCCUCGCUGUCUGAUCAGGAGGGUGGUUGCAGCAGCUCGGCCAGCAGCCUGAGCGGUGGUGACUCCUCCGCUUACGAAGGUGCAGGCAGGAGACUCCCGAUCUUCAGUCAGCUCUCGGUGCCUGACGAUGGCUUCUGCAGCGAGGGCAGCAACAGUGGCAUGAACUUCUUCCUUUAGAACUCGCGGAGCCUCGUGCAGAUCUGUAAUGUACAGCCACAAUUACUUCUGUGUUUAAUUACACCUCUGUGAAGACAAAAGCUACAUGUACCACAGGGAUUUCAUGUUUCAUCGUUGAAGCAGAGGCAGAACCUUUCCUGAUGCUUUUAGGUGAUGCAGCAUGAUGUGAAUUAUUUAUUAAUUUUUUCCCCACCCAAGAAAAGAUAAUUGGUGUUGCAACCUGAUUAUUUGCAGAUGGCAAAAUUGUCAGCUCAAAAAAAAAAAAAAAAAAGGAUUAUAGAUU